GGCAGGGGGCGGGGACUAUCUUCACUUUUCCGGUCAGGUUGCCAAUGUCACGUGACCCUGUGAUAGAGGCGGAAGUGAAAGUAAACUGAGAACAGCGGAGCCUGGCUGAGAGAGCUGUAAUGAUCUGUAAUGGCAUCUGCCAGUUCGAGUAGAACUGGGAUUGGCCCAACCUCAGAAAAAUCACAGUUGACCUUAAAAGUUUUAUCAGCAAAGCCUCAGUCCCCCAAAGCACCCAGCAGAAACUCCCGAAUCAACUCCUUUGUGGAAGUCACCCCAGACGGACUAUCAAGUGAGACCAAAAAGACUGGAAAAUGUAGUGGGAAUCCUGAGCUCCAUUGGAAUGAAAAUCUCACUUUGAAUGUUACCCCCCAGAGCCAUCUGGACCUGAAGCUGUGGAGCUGUCACACUCUGAGAAACGAGCUCCUGGGGAGUGCCUCCAUUGACAUCUAUGACACUUUAAAGAACAACAAUGGCAAAAUUGAGAAUAUUCAGCUGAACCUGAACCUGCAGACGGAGAACAAAGGCAGCCUUGUGUCAGGCGGAGAGCUGUCCGUGUGCCUUGAUGGACUGGCUGUUGAUCUAGGAAGUUUGCCUAAUGGCAGCGCCGUGACAGACAAAUCACAACAGGAUGAAAAAGACAAUGCAGACACAAUCCAGAGUGAUGAUGAGUCUCAAAACCUGCUCCCUGCCACCAGCACCCCUGGAGCCAGAGAAAGACACUUGCCUGAAACUUCCCGAAGCGGGUCAGCGGUUAAUGGAGACGGUGCUGUGAACAGCGAACAGAGUCCCAGUACCAGGAACAGACACCGACAGACAGCCAAGAGCCUCUCUAACCACUCCAGCAGUAGUGUUUCAGUGAAUGGAGAGGUUGCUGUCAGCGGGACUGAAAGUGGAAGAGGCAGCCCGGUGUGUCCACCUCCUCCGUCACCCUCUGUGUCUCUCUCCACGUCUCUGUCCGCCAGCCCUCCCCCCAGCACUGGAACCCCCAGCCCAGCCAGCACAGAUGUAGGGGACUCUGUCCGCACAGCCACCACCGAACAGCCUGCUGCAGCAAACCAGAACCUCGAAGCCCUGCCAACUGGAUGGGAACAGAGGGUUCUUCCCAAUGGAAGAGUAUACUAUGUUGAUCACAACACGAAGACCACCACCUGGGAAAGACCUCUGCCGCCUGGGUGGGAGAAGCGGGUGGAUCAGCGUGGCAGGUAUUACUAUGUGGACCACAACACCAGGACUACCACAUGGCAGAGACCCACGGCUGAGACAGUACGCAACUACGAGCAGUGGCAGUCCCAGCGAAACCAGCUGCAAGGAGCCAUGCAGCAGUUCAGCCAAAGAUUCCUCUACCAGUCCUCUGGUGUCGCUACAGACAAUGAUCCACUCGGCCCCCAACCUCCAGGCUGGGAAAAACGUCAAGAUAAUGGUCGGGUGUACUUUGUUAACCACAAUACGCGCACCACACAGUGGGAGGAUCCCAGAACCCAAGGGAUGAUUCAGGAGCCACCCCUCCCCCCGGGCUGGGAGAUGAAAUACACCAACGAAGGGGUUCGCUAUUUUGUCGACCACAACACUCGCACCACCAGCUUUAAAGAUCCACGACCUGGUUUUGAUUCAGGUUCAAAACAAGGAGGGUCUCCAGGAGCAUACGAUCGGAGUUUCAGGUGGAAGUAUCACCAGUUCCGGUUUCUGUGUCAUUCUAAUGCACUCCCAAGCCAUGUGAAAAUCAGUGUGUCCAGGCAGACUUUAUUUGAAGAUUCCUUCCAGCAGAUCAUGAAUAUGAAAGCAUAUGACUUGCGUCGCAGGUUGUAUAUAAUAAUGCGUGGAGAAGAGGGGCUGGAUUAUGGAGGCAUUGCAAGAGAAUGGUUCUUCCUGCUGUCCCAUGAGGUAUUGAACCCCAUGUAUUGUCUGUUCGAAUACGCAGGGAAGAAUAACUACUGUCUGCAGAUUAAUCCUGCCUCCUCCAUCAACCCUGACCACUUGUCCUAUUUCCGCUUCAUCGGCAGAUUCAUAGCCAUGGCUCUGUAUCAUGGUAAAUUCAUCGACACAGGUUUUACUCUGCCUUUCUACAAACGCAUGCUGAAUAAAAAACCGACUCUGAAGGACCUGGAGUCGAUUGACCCAGAGUUCUACAAUUCCAUUAUGUGGGUCAAAGAGAAUGAUCUGGAGGAGUGCGGGGUAGAGCUGUUCUUUGCUCAGGACAUGGAGAUAUUGGGAAAGGUGACAACACACGAACUGAUAACAGAUGGGGAGAAUAUGCUGGUGACAGCAGAGAACAAGGAAGAAUACAUCAGACUGCUCACAGACUGGAGGUUCACUCGAGGUGUGGAGGAGCAGACCAAGGAUUUCCUGGACGGGUUCAACGAGGUUGUCCCUCUCGAGUGGCUCAGAUACUUUGAUGAAAAGGAGAUAGAGUUGAUGCUCUGUGGGAUGCAGGAGAUAGAUCUGAGUGACUGGCAGAAAAACACCAUCUACCGCCACUACACCAAAAACAGCAAGCAGAUUCAGUGGUUCUGGCAGGUGGUAAAGGAAAUGGAUAACGAGAAGAGAAUCCGCUUGCUGCAGUUUGUAACAGGAACCUGCCGUCUGCCUGUUGGCGGCUUUACAGAAUUGAUAGGGAGUAAUGGACCCCAGAAAUUCUGUAUUGAUAAGGUGGGGAAAGAGACCUGGUUACCUAGAAGUCAUACUUGUUUUAAUCGACUGGAUCUGCCUCCCUACAAAAGCUUCGAACAGCUGAAGGAGAAAUUGCUUUUUGCAAUCGAGGAAACAGAAGGAUUUGGCCAGGAAUGAAGCACCUCUGAUAGCAUUUAGAAACACAGCAAGAUAUGCAGAGUGUAAUAAUGGUGGUGGUGGGGGGGGGUUCUUAAUUCCUUUUAGAAGUUAAAGCCAAGAACCAUGUGGUGUGGCAUUGAAAUGACACAAUAUACCCAAACAUAUAUCUUCUAUGGGCUUAUCUAAUCACAUGUUCCUGAUGGUAAUAUUGUUGAACAAGUGCCAUUCCCAAAACUUGAGGUGACUUUAACAAGCAGGGGCUGGAACAGAUUCACUUCAGAUUUAAAAAAUAUAUAUAAUGUACAAACAAGUUGGGUCUCAAAGUAUCCAAGUGAUUCUGCCUCAACAGCUUGACUAGGUGACCAGUUCCAUGCCCUCACCACUCUCUGUGUGAAGAAGAGACAUAGACAUUCAAUCCUCAUUUAUUUAUCCAUGUUUUUCAUUUAGCAGCCUUUGUAUCAGAAGUCAAAUCCUUCUAAUGUCUGCAGUAAGGCACUGUACUGAUUUAGUCCUAGUUGUUCACAUUUUAAGGUAAUGUACAAUUAUUUAUAUGAAUAUUAUUAUAUUUAAUACAUUGUUUAAAUAUGCCUCCACCCCACUAUACCAGGUGAUGGCUUGCGGCUACAAAACUCUUAGCUCCAAAUUGUCAUGAACCAGUGCAUCCAAUAAAGUCAACUAACCACAAAACAACUCCAAAAUUUGAUUCAGUGGCUUGUAAGUUGUUUUAGAGUUGUAAUUGUAUGUUUAUUCCUGUCAGAAGAUGAUAAUUCAGAGUCUUUGAGAAUCUGGCCCAUUGUUAUGUUUCCUGAGCAUCCUCAUUUCUGCUCGAGAAAAUCUAACAAGAUCCAUGUGUUGUUGAAAUGUGCACAGCAAGAGAGAAUAAACAAGCACUUUAAGUAUUUGCCGGUGCUCCUCCCUUGUGUGUUCAUUUUUAAUUUGGACCAGUUCUGUUUAGUGAGUACUCAAUGUCUGAAUCACAGCAGUGUCUAGUAAUUCUUUUAUGUUUGUCUAUAUGAUGUAUGUCCCUCUUGAUAGUGAAACUGACAUUUUACGAAAGUAUGUAAUGGAUUUAAUUCUAUGAUAUUUUAUUCUUUAUUUUAGCCUGCCCUCAGUAUCAUCCUUAUUACUGGGUGUGCUUGGCAGUGGUUCCAUUGUGGACAAUGUUGAAGUUAAAUCAUCAUUAGCUGUGACAUUUUCCAAUAGGAAACCUAUUAUAUUCAAUAUAGGAUGAUUCCACUGAAGUAAACCAAGUCUAAAACUUUUCUUAUACUGCCAAAACCAAACUCUGUAUUGCAGUAAUUGAUAAUGAUGUAAAUGGCUAAAUCAAAUGCUUUCUGUAAUAAUAGGGUAAUGCUGGGAGGGUUCUCCAUUCUGUAUGCUAAUGGAAUACUAGACUCCUAAUAUAUUAAGUAAACCCAACAAAUGAGAUAUACCACUGAAGGGAAAACUAUUUAUAUGUACUGUGUCUCUACAGUGAUCCACAUUUCAUGUUUUCAUUUUUUUGUUGUUGUUUUUGUUAGAAGGCAGGUUAUAAAAUCACCAUCACCAGUGCUAACUGUAGAGUUAAUUUUUGCAGAGCCAUUAUCAAAGUCCUUUGCCGAUACGGACUGUUUUUGACCUUAUAUGCUGUUGAGUGUAGGCUACUGGGUUACAGCCAGCACUGUUUGAAUUACUUUCCUGCUUUUAUCUUGUGUUAUGUUUUAGUUGGCAGUGGAAAAAAUCUGAUGGCCUUUUAACAUAGUUACCUACUCAGGCAAUUGGGAUAUCCACCAGAUUUAGUACAUUAAUUACAUUGUUUAACUUUAAAGACAUUGAAAUAUUUCUGCACAGUGGUGUUUAGUAGAAUUAUAGAAACUGAAUAUCCCUGUGUUCAUUGUGACCCCAUCAGAGAAUCCGAUUCAAAAACCAGCUGUCCCAUAUCUUCAUCUGGUACCACUCUUGUUUUUCUUUUUUUUUUUUUUUUAACAACCAAUACUCUUUUUAUGGAAAAUGACACUGAGCUGCUAACAAGUAUGUUAUACCCAUCCUCCCCUUUUAGUAUUUUUAACAUGUUUCAUCAGACCUAGUAAGCAGUUAAAUAUAUGAGUUUGCUGCCUACAAAUAUUAAAAUAGCUGGAAUGACCUUUUAAGGAUUUGUAGUGUCCCGCCUGUUACAGUUGCACUUUUUUUAGGGCACUAAUUGUAUUUAAUUAAACAUCAUGUGACACAAAACACAACUUAUAGCUGCUGCCGUUUGGAGACAAUAAGUUAGUCAAUUACUGAACGCCACCCCACCCUAUACUUUACGGAAUUGCCCACUGGAAGUGAAAUGAGCUCCCCAGUGAUGUCACUGCAGAGCCACCCUUCCUGAUUAGACUGCUGAUUGAGGGGAGGGGGGGGGGGGGGGGCAAAAACAGCAAACUCGUUAUGCAAACCCCCUUUGUUUGUUGUUCAAACCAAUUUACCAUUUCGAGAAACUUCUUUUAUAGCUGCAUGUUUGCAAGGUGGUAGAAUGCUAUUAAGAACCAGCUUACCGCCUGCUCAUUUCCUGGGCACUACCCAAUAAAAAUAUCUUCCAGACGUGGUAACUUAUUAGGUCCUAGUGCAGCCUAUAUACUGUGAAGUUGGGAGGAGACAAAAAGCCAGAGCUCCAACAGGAGAGUGUCUCUACGCAUACUGCCUUCGUGGACACUUUGCUGACAGUAACUCUUAAACAUGAUGAAUCAGCCUGCAAAGACAACUUUUGACAGCCGUUUGCUGGUCAUUUUGUCUGUCAUUUCGUUUCUAAGGUAAAAAGACUGGUUUAAUGUUGUCGUUUAGUUUAAUGUAGAGUGGCAGGUUGAAUGAGAGAUUCCUCCUUAAUUUUAAAUGAUACUUGUUAUACUUAAAUGAUGGACCUGCAUAACCACUGAGAAACAUUCGAUGCAGAGCCAGUUCAGCUUCCUUCAGUCUCAAUUCCUGCACAUCACAGAAUCCUUUAAAUGUUAUUGCAAACUACAGCCCAGAUACCACUGCACUCAAUUAAACAUGUUCUGUAUCCCUAAAGCAGAGUGUACUGUCAGACUGCAUACCAGCUUGUUUUAAUAAACCAUUGGCUGAUUGGUUUAAACUUUUUUUUUUUUUUUGCGAAACAAAAUAAAUGGAUUCAAGUGUGAUGUCACUUGGCUAAUGUUUAGUGACUGCUGCCUUGGAUACAGAAAUUUGGCAAAACAGAAGCGUAUUUAAGUACUGCUUUUCAGUAGACAUCGGUCGCAUUUGAAAAUCUCUGCUUUAUGUAACUACUUUCCCAAAGAGUUGAUUUUAAGUAGUGAAGUGAAGUGACCAUGCUGUAGCUAUUAUAUAUGCCCCAUGUCUUCCUGUUAAGAAUGUAAUUAAAUUAUUCUGAAUUGAUGGUAGAAAAUGAAAGCCUUGUGUUAGUAGUCAACUGUGGUUAAUUGAGUAUAAUAUCUAAUAGAAAGUGAUUGUUGGCAGGGUAAACAAUUUAACAUAUUUAAAUACGGACCUAUUCAGAUUUAGACAGACAGGAAAGUUCUUUAAUGUUUUCAGCUCUUUUAGAGGGUUUUUAUAUUGUGAAUCUUAGCUUUCAGAGUUUAAGUCCAACCUCCUUCAUUUAUUUUUUUACUUUUUUUGUUUUAAUGUGCAAGACAAAUGAUUUAACUGGUAAAAAAUUAUUUCUCUUAAAUGCAGAGGUCAAUUGCAAAUGCAACAUCAACAAUAAUACAAAAUGUAAUAAAGUUGAAAUUUGUGUCUUGGUACCAGCAAUUAUGACGUUGCCACAAGUUCAGUCCAGGUCUAAUUAUUAUUAUUAUUAUUAUUAUUAUUAUUAUUAUUAUUAUUAUUAUUAUUAUUAUUAUUAUUAUUAUUAGUUUAUUUAGCAGACGCCUUUAUCCAAGGCGACUUACAGAGACUAGGGUGUUUGAACUAUGCAUCAGCUGCAGAGUCACUUACAACAACGUCUCACCCGAAAGACAGAGCACAAGGAAGUUAAGUGACUUGCUCAAGGUCACACAGUGAGUCAGUGAGGGAGCCGGGAUUUGAACCAGGGACCUCCUGGUUACAAGCCCUUUGCUUUAUCCACCAGGGGCCUAUAAUUGGGGAAGCCAAAUGACAACUAGCUAAUUUAUAUAGAAACUAAUUAAGAUAAGCUUGGUUAGAUUUAAAAAUUACUACGAAAUUCAUAUUUGAUUGUUUCUUGCAUGACUGAAGAACUAAAUACCCCUCUUUUAAUUUUUUAAGCAGUGAAAGUAUAGCAAUGAAAUGGGAACAAUGAUACAUACAUUUUAGUACAUAAAAUCCCUACAUAAAAAGUGUGAAUAUGUCAGAUAAAAAUAAUCAUUUGCUCCCUUAAAUGCUAACAUAUAUUUCCUUUUAAGUGUACAGUUGAUAAGCUUUUGUGACAUUAAGCCUUUUUAUGUUGUGAACUGCAGUGUUAUGAUAAAAAAAAAAAAGAUAUUUAGGAAAUUGCUGUUCUGGCUUCAAGUAAGUUUGAAAUGAAAAAGGGAUGUGUACAAUAAUACAAUGACCAACAGCUCUUAUAUGCCACCAGCCUGUCUCUGUAUAGUAAAAUGAAUCUUUAUGUGCAAUAAUAAAAUAGUUAUUACAAAUGUG